AAACAAUCCGAAAAGAAAUCACAGGAACGUAAAACGCUUACAUCGACAUUUUCAGCUGAAUCUUCACAGACGCAACAACCCACAAUUUUUGGUUAUUCUAUAUUGAAACAGCUUGAAGAUCAUCCAUCACAUAAAGAAAUCUUAUUGGUCACCGAGAUGGCCAAUACUGCAUGGCCAGGAUUACUUGCUGCUUUAUCAUUUUUCCUUACAGCAAAUCUUGAUGAAGAAUUAUUUUCAGGAGUCUUACGUUCUUUUCAAAAUUUCACAAUUGUGUGCGGUGUGCUUCAAUUAUCAACACCGCGUGAUGCCUUUUUGACAUGCUUAAGUAAAGGAGCUAUCCCUCCUAGCGUUGUUACAGCGUUAUCAGCAGAAAGUAAAGCAGUUCAUACAAGUAGUGGGACAAGUGGUGCCACAAAUGAUGGUUCACCAUUAAAUACACU